AUGGACUACUGGAAACGCGAAUCACUACGAGAGCGCAGUCUACGGUCCAUACCAAUCGCAGCCCCGCGCGAUAUCACCGAAGACGACAUCUCUGACGUCCUGUACGCUUACUUUCACAUCGAGUACGCCAACAUCAAUACGCCAACCCCCGAGCCCGCUAUCGCCCCUUCCAACAAGCGAUGCGCUAUUUGUUACCGUCUCGACCUGGAUGCCCAGUUCAUAUCCAGCAUUCUCGGCCGUUAUAAGUUUCUGCACUGGAAAAAGCGAUGGGGCGGUCUUAAGAAAGGCGGGCCGGAGAGUUUACCACACGUACACCUACACACGGAGCUGGUCUCGCGGUACCGCUAUGGUCUAUUGGAAGUCAAGUUUGCACAGGAGCAGGGAAUCGUUUCAAGUCUGUUUCCUCCGAUCGAUUUUAAGCACAAUACAAAACGAACGCAAGAUGUAGCAGAUGUGCGGAAGUGGUUUGAGGCGGCAAAGGAGGCGCAUUUCAAGUGCCUGUUUGAUGCACGGAAACACACGAACACAGCAGGCACUCGACUGCCGAUCUUCAGGAAAAGACUUGAGAUGGUGGGGCAUUUGGAGAGUGCGCAACUGGAAAAGAGAAGAGAAAGUAGGAGGGCAGGGCCAUUGUUGUGGCGCACCAUCGGUGCUAACGGUGUUAGUUAUGUGAUCAAGAUACCAGACGAACUUGGAGACUCAGAUUAUUCCGCCUCUUGCGCCCGUCGUCCGAAAUAUUCAUCGCAUUCUACCGAGCCAACCGACCGGGCACCCGAUAUUCUACCUUCAUAUGCGGAAGUUUCCUCCUAG